GAGAAUCAGUGGUCCUCACUCCUCUCUCUCAUCUCUAUCUAUAUCUCCUCCUACUCCGGUCUUUCAUUACAGACUUUAUUACAGUAGACUAUCAGAGAGAGAGAGAGAGAGAUAUAUAUAUAUAUGUAUAUAUUAUAGGCCUAUAGGACAACAUGGAACCAAUCGGUAGAGGCCACGUGGUGGCCUUGCCCUAUCAAGGAAGAGGACACAUCAACCCUAUGAUGAACCUCUGCAAACUACUAGCUUCUCGGAGCGGCGACGAUCUUCUGAUCAGCUUCGUCGUCACGGAGGAGUGGCUCGGUUUCAUCAGCUCCGAGCCCAAGCCGACUAACAUUCGCUUCCGCACAAUUCCGAACGUCUUGCCUUCCGAGCUGGUCCGAGCCGCCGACAUGCCCAGCUUCAUCGAAGCCACUCUGACCAAGAUGGAGGAGCCGUUCGAGCAGCUCCUGGACAGGCUGGAGCCGCCACCAACCUUCAUCGUGGCGGAUACUUUUGUUUCGUGGGCGGUUAACGUUGGAAUUCGGAGGAAUGUUCCGGUGGCGGCGCUUUGGCCCAUGCCGGUGGCGGUGUUUUCCAUCUUUUACCAUUUUGACCUCUUGGUACAAAACCAGCAUUAUCCUUUUGACGUGUCAGAAAGAGGAGAUGAGCAGGUUGAUUACAUCCCCGGAGUAUCAUCAAUCCGUUUAGCCGACCUUCCUACAAUUUUUUACAAAGACCAACAACUAUUGCACAAAGCUAUCAAAAUGAUUUCUCCUAUGUCUAAAGCACAAUUUUUCUUGUUCACCUCCAUAUUUGAGCUCGAAACUCAAGUAAUCAAUGCUUUAAGAGAAAAAUUGCCAAUGCCCAUGUACUCUUUUGGCCCUCUGAUACCUCACUUCACACUUGGAGACAAUGCCUCUGCUCAUAUGACUAGCCAGAAUGAGACCUACUACUACAAAUGGUUAGAUUCUCAACCCGAAGGUUCUGUUUUGUACAUUUCAUUGGGGAGCUACCUUUCUGUUUCAAGUGCCCAAAUGGAUGAAAUUGCUUUCGGAUUGCGCGCUAGCGGUGUACGGUUCUUGUGGGUGGCGCGUGGGGAAGCUUCAAGGCUAAAGGAGGCUUGUGGAGAGUCGGGAAUGGUAGUGCCUUGGUGCGACCAAUUGAAGGUAUUGUGCCAUUCUUCGGUAGGAGGAUUUUGGAGUCAUUGUGGAUGGAAUUCGACUAUGGAAAGUGUUUUCGCGGGCGUGCCAAUGCUCACUUUUCCUAUGCAUAUGGAUCAAGUCCCAAUCAGUAAGAUCAUAGUGGAAGAUUGGAGGAUUGGGUGGAGGUUCAUGAAGAGGGAGGGGGGAAUGGAAAAUUUGGUGCGUAGAGAGGAAAUUGCGGACCUCGUGAAAAGGUUCAUGGAUUUGGAAAGCCCGGAGAGAAGGGAAAUGAAUAGAAGGGUAAGAGAAUUUCAAGGGAUUUCUCGACAGGCAAUUGCCAAAGGAGGAUCUUCUGAAGUCAACCUCGGUGCUUUCAUUAGAGACAUUUCACAAUUUACAAGAACAUAAAACUGAUUUAUGUAUUGUGUUGCGUUUUGAUCAAAUAUUAUGGGUACUGCUGUAUUAAUGCAUGUCAUUUGAAAUUUGAAUUAAAUUUUCUUUAAUUUUUA